AUGUCUUCCGAAGCAUCAACCUCACAUCCUCUCGCUCCUCCUCUGACCGCCGGCCCAGCCCAGACCAUGUCACAGGCGACUACAACUGCUGUUCCAGCAUCAGCACCGGUCGUUGGAUCUGAAGCGCCUGCUCAGGCUCCACCAAAGACACAUACCGACGCGGAAAUUGGCAGUAUCACCCCACCUGUACCUAAAUGCCAUCUUCGUGUACUUAUCAUCUCUGGGCAGAGCCAUGUCUUUUCGUUCGAGCCAGAAAUUACCGUUGGGCGAAUGAAAGAGAUAGUAUGGUCUUCGUGGCCGAGCGAAUGGACUAGCCCCUCCGCCCCUCCCUCGCCAAGCUUCCUCAGAGUGCUGUAUUCUGGUCGGAUACUACAGGAUGACUCUACACUUUCGUCAAAUAACCUCGCCACUGCCCUACUUCCCACCAACCCUACCGUCUUGCAUAUCUCUGUCCGGUCGUUCUCGCUACGAGGAGAUGAGGGUGAUCCCAAGCAGAAGGGUUUCCUGCAUCCCACCACAUCUCGGACUAGCAGGCGGAACGAGGAGCAGGCCAGUAGUGGCGGCUGCAAGUGCGUGAUCAUGUAG